UAAACAGACGGACGAGUGGAGCGGCACGUCAUGACGUCACGGCUCACUGCCUCUCCUCGUCUGUGACCCACUACCUAGCCUCUUACCGCGAGAGGUCGCUGUUACUGCAGGAGGAACUUAAAUUUUACCGACAGACAAUUUCAUCCCGGAGAAAGAGGUAUAUUUUGCGAUUUGUUUGACGAGCGAUCGUGUGAGCGCUCUCUGCUCGUGAUCACAGACGAUGACGAUGAUGAUGAUGAUGAUGCGGCUGUUGUUGGUGGGCCUGACUGUGCUGGCUGUGCUUGUCGGUGAUCGGGUGCUAGCGAACCAUGUCGGUACCUACAGGGUUGUCUGUUACUUCACCAACUGGUCUCAAUACCGACCGUCCCCAGCCACCUUUCAGCCGGAGAACAUUGACCCGUCGCUAUGCACGCAUAUCGUGUUCGCCUUCGCUGUGCUGAACAAGAGACUGCAACUGAUACCGCACGAUGGAACGCGACCCAGGUCGCAGUUUAUUAAUCCAAACAGUGCCCUUAGCCUCCGACGAUACAACUUCGACGGUAUAGAGCUGGAUGGAGUUGUCCAGGGGGAAUCAACAGCAGAGAGGAGCAGUCGACACAGAAAACUUCCCUCUCGAAUGCUAAGAAGGCGAGGGUUGUCUCAGGCAGAGUUCCAAGCCAGUAUCACUUUCACCCACCCCAUUCGACUCAACUGGGAUGGGCAUUUCUGCUGCAGGACCUUCAGCUCUGGCCCCAACAAUAGCCAGCUUGCGCCGAUACAUACAGUAGAGAACGACGAAACGUCCAAGGGCUCCAGCUGUCAUCUACGAUUGAGGGCCCCAUGCCUGGCGCCUCUCGUGGGAGCUGCUAAGAUACUAAAGCUCUUCCGGUACGAAAGCAACCCACGACUCAUCUAUGUUGACGGCAGGUUCGGCUGCUGCCACAGCAAGGAACUUACGGACAUAAGUGUCCAACUGCUGCGGAUCGAACCAUUGAAAUGGUCCGUGCGCAAGUGGCUGCACGAGGGAAUGCCGCAGGACAAGUUCGUCGUGGGGCUGAGUUUGUACGGGCGGUGUUCGCAACUGGAGGCAGCCGAGAAGCCGGCGGUGGGAGCGAAACUGCGACGCGGUGCCAAGGCGUGUAAGCCGGGCACGUACACGCGUGAGGCCGGCGUGCUGGCGUACUACGAGGUAUGCCAAAAGAUGCAGGAUCAAGCGUAUAAGAUUAGGUUUGAUCCCGUACAAGAUGUGCCCUACAUGUCAAAGGGGGACGAUUGGAUCUCAUACGACAACGAACGCAGUCUACACGACAAGGUCAUGUACAUGAAGGAGCGUAGACUAGGAGGAGUCAUGAUCUACACGCUCGAUUUCGACGACUUCAGUGGAAAGUUCUGUGAGGCGGGGCCUCACCCACUCCUACGAGCCAUCCGCACCACCCUCGAGCAGCCCGACCCUCCGCUCGUCCGAGACUGGAUCGGUUCGGAUCCGAGUGCUAACUCCGUCAGCGCCCGUAGCGCCACCGCUGCCGUAGUCACGCUAGUGUUUCUGACCGCUUCUGUGUUUCUGUUAGCGUAAUGCGUCGUAUUUUUUAUGUGCAAGUAAUUUAUUCGUAGUGAUAUAUACGAGGGCGGGAAUCUCGUAUGAAAGUUUUAAAAUGUGUGUGGGGAGGGGGGCUCACUGUGACGUCGUUUUAACGCAUUGUAUUUUUUUAAUGUGUAGCGCGCCAUUUUGUCAAAAUGGCGUCUAUUGAAUAUCGUCUGGUGGAAAUGUUGUUUAGCAACCCGACGCCGGUUUAUUUGCGUGUGUAGUGAGUUACUCUGAACAGCUUUAUUAACCGGCCUAGGAACAUAUCGGCCGUAAAAGUUUUUUUCAAGAUUAUAAUUAGUUGAUUAUAUUAGGCGUUUUACUUUUUUACAUGCGCCUUUUUAAAGGAAGACGAGACUUAAAGUGACGAACCUAACAGUUGAUCGAAUUAGCAGUGAUUUUUAUACGCACAAUAAACCACGAUUUAUCACAA